AUGGAAGGUUCUGGUAAAAUGAUAUUGACCGCUGUCGGUGUGAACUCUCUCAACACGGGUAUCAUUAUGACGCUUCUCGGUUCUGGCAAGCCAGGUAUUGGUGGGGCAGACGACAAUUCCACGUCAACUUCAUCGAGUUCGUCCAGCUCUUCGUCAAGCUCGAGCUCAUCGUCUCAUUCAACGAAUUCGAGUGACGAUGAUGACAGUCUCUCGGCGAAGUCCGUGCUGCAGUCAAAACUCUCCCAACUGGCGUUACAGAUCAUUUACUGCGGAACAACCGUUGCUGGAGUCGCCUUGAUCGUACUAAUUACGAGAUUUUGUAUUGAACACUAUGUGCGCGAUGGAAUUCCGUUCAGCAUAUCAGAUAUUCAGAUGUUCGUCAAAUUCUUCAUCAUAGCCGUAACGAUCCUGGUUAUAUCUAUUCCUGAAGGGCUUCCGCUAGCCAUCGCAUUAGCAUUGACGUAUUCCGUGAAAAAGAUGAUGCAUGACAAUAAUCUCGUACGCCAUCUGGACGCAUGUGAGACUAUGGGCAAUGCGACGUCGAUCUGCUCGGACAAGACCGGAACACUGACUACGAACCGGAUGACCGUCGUGGACUCCUACAUCAAUGGUAAUCAUUACGAGGGUCAAGACAGUCAGCCAAAUGGAAGCGCUUUGCCUGGAAAUACGACUCAUCUUUUAUGUGAAGCGAUCUCUGUAAAUAGCGCUUAUAACUCGAUGAUCGUGGAACCAACAAAGCCCGGUGAACAAGUGCAACAGCUGGGUAACAAAACCGAAUGCGGUCUACUCGGCUUCGUUCAACGACUUGGUGGCGACUAUGCGCUCAUUCGUAAGAACUUCCCCGAAGAGUCAUUGGUGAAGGUGUACACAUUCAACUCGUCUCGAAAAUGUAUGAUGACCGUUAUCAAUCUGUUCGAAAAUGGUGUAAAGGUCGGCUAUCGUGUCUAUUGCAAGGGAGCCAGUGAAAUCAUUCUUGGACGAUGUGCUUACGUCAUCGGAUCCGACGGCAAACCUCAUCACUUCUCAUCCGAACGAAUGAAGGAGAUUACGGCUACCGUAAUCUCUCCUAUGGCUAAUAGUGGUUUGCGUACGAUUUGCGUCGCCUACAAGGACUAUAUUCGCAAAGACGUGCGACAAGCCGAUCGAACGGAGUCGAGUUACUGGAGAACGAUUCUGAUAAUCGAUUGGAAUAAACGAGCCAGCGAACUCCCCUCCGCCACCACAAUCUUGUUGGUAUCGGCAAAUCUGUGGUAUACAGGAGCACCUGUCAGACCCGAAAACCGCACGCUAUCGAGCGCCUGUAACCCACACAGCCCCGCCCUAUCACUUACUGGUGCGCAUGGUCACUGGUUUGACAUAUUUAAACGACUGGCCAGAGCCAUUGCUAUGUCGUGCCGAAUUCUCGAGCCCGGCGAGGACUUUUUGGCCCUUGAAGGCAAAGAGUUCAAUGAGAGGAUACGUGGCCCAGACGGUAAAGUCUCACAGGCGAAACUGGAUGAAGUCUGGCCACGCCUUCGAGUGUUAGCUCGAGCUCAACCGGCUGAUAAGUACACCUUGGUGAAGGGUAUCAUUGAAAGUAAAGCCACACCUCAGAGGGAAAUUGUCGCUGUAACUGGAGACGGCACCAAUGACGGUCCAGCUCUGAAGAAAGCCGACGUCGGUUUCGCUAUGGGUAUCGCAGGAACCGAUGUAGCUAAAGAGGCUUCAGACAUCAUUCUUACGGACGACAACUUCACUUCAAUCGUUAGGGCUGUUAUGUGGGGUCGUAACGUCUACGAUUCGAUUUCAAAAUUCCUGCAGUUUCAACUCACUGUCAAUGUCGUUGCUGUACUCACUGCAUUUGUCGGAGCUGUCACAGUGUCGGAUUCACCACUGAAGGCUGUUCACAUGCUUUGGAUAAAUUUGAUCAUGGACACCUUUGGCCACGGAAGUCCUACUGAUGAACUGCUGAACCGCAAGCCAUAUGGAAGGAAAAAAUCUCUUAUUUCACGAACCAUGGUGAAGAACAUUCUCUGCCAUGCCCUGUAUCAACUUUUGAUUCUAUUCACAAUCUUCUAUUACGGUGACCGCAUCUUCGGCAUCAAGUCCGGUCUGUAUGCACCUCUUUUCGCCCCACCUUCUCAACACUUCACUAUCGUCUUCAAUGCAUUCGUCAUGAUGACCCUGUUCAACGAGAUCAACGCCAGAAAGGUUCACGGCGAACGCAACGGACUGGCUAGUAAUCGAGUAUUUUGCGUGAUUUGGGUGUCGACGUUUAUCGGCCAAAUUCUCAUCACUCAGUUCGGUGCAGCGUGGUUCUCCACUGCUCCCUUGACAAUUAAACAGUGGAUCGUCUGCCUUGCACUAGGCGUUUCAACUCUUCUCUGGGGUCAGGUUGUGGCUACGAUUCCAAGUAAGAAACUGCCCAAGACUUGGAAGGUCGGACGUGGAGAGGUGGAACCGUCAAAGAUUCACAUUAAUGGCGACUACAAUGUACGCACUAGAUCGCGUGCGCUGACUGUCCGUCGUUCAGGAAAAUCGUUAUGGAUGAGAGGAAUGUUCCUCAUGGGACAACAUCUCCGUACGAUUCGUGCAUUCCAAAUGCGUGACAGGAACAUCGGCAAAACUGCACCCACGAUGACAGCGGAAGCGGCAGAGCGGUGGCGAUCCAGUUAUCGGAAGUAUCGGCAUCAAAAACACCAUGAGAAAAGUGGGAUCAUUUCAUCGAUUUUCCGGGAUUUACUGACAAUAACAGUAGUCCUCUUGUGGUCACUGUGGAAUGAGGCACCCCGUGGGUCAAGGAAUUCUCGGCUGACGGCUAUGAUAUGA